AUGCAAGAGAAUGAGCAACACUGUGGACAUCCUGAGUGCCUUGGUGUGUGUCGACCUCUUGAGUUUCUAGUCGUUAAGUUAAAAUUGAAACUGCUCUUGGACAACCCUGCUUUUUGCUCUCAGCUGCUAAGAAAUUUUGAGGAGCAAUCGCUGUUUUCUGACAUCACCAGUGGGUCUAGCUACAGUUUCUAUUUUCAAAACAUCGAGAAGUGGUUCACUUUAGCCAGUAUACCUUACCGUGAGCUCUCACCUAAAUCUCGGUAUUCUGUGAAGUAUGUCAUCUUGUAUGCUUUGUGGUUCCAGCCUGGGAAGCCACCUAUUCAAGCUUUUCUUGACCCUCUCAUCCAGCAAAUUGGUGUGCUUUCAAGUGAAGGUGCUCUGUUUGAGACUGCUAGAGGAAUGCAGCGUUGUAGAGCUCGGCUUGUCUUGGUGACACGUGACCUCCCAGCUAGGGCAAUGCUACUGUGCAUGAAAAAUUUUAAUGGCAUUGCUGUGUGUUGCUAUUGUUACCAUCCUGGAAUGACUAUUGGAGAUGACCAUCUACAUCAGUACUGGCCAUACGAUGGUACUUUAGAGAGAAGAAGGCAUGAAUCUAUGAAACAAGAUGUUAUAACUGCAACUGCAACUAACUCAGCAUGUCGUGGUAUGCUUCCUGUGGUUUCUCCCUUAAUAGCAGCACCGGGUUUCAACAUGGUUGACAAUGUUGCAAUUGAUUAUAUGCAUGUAGUGUGUCUUGGCAUUGUUCGGGCACUUCUUGAUAUGUGGUUGACUCAACGAUCUGAAUCUUACUUUAUUGAUGAUAAGGUUGUGUUUCUGGAUAGACGCCUUCUUUCCAUAUGUCCACCAAUUGUUAUCAAUCCCAGUCCACACACUAUGAAGGAAUUCUAUACUUGGAAAGCUAAUGAGCUUCGCUUCUGGCUAUUCCAUUGGUCAUUGCCUGUCUUACGUGGAGUUCUCCCAACAGAAUACUUUGUCCAUUAUUCUUUGCUGGUGAUUGGUUGCCGAUUGCUUUGUUAAAGUUAUGUAUCAAGAGAGCAAAUGGAAGAGGCUCGUAAACUGCUGCUGAAGUUUUAUCAAAUUUACGAACUUUUAUAUGGUAUACACGUGUCUGGUAUUAAUUGCUGUGUUUAAGCUAUACCAUGCUGUGAUUCUCUGAUUCAUUGGAAUGAGUGCAUACAUCCUAAUACAUCUAUCUUAUCUUUUGAACUCUGAGCUUCUCUUUAUAUAUAGGCACGAAAGCAGUGAAAGUACACCUUCUGCAACAUUUUCCGGAUGUUGUAGAGAAGUGGGGUGCUUUGUGGGGUCAUUCCUGCUUUUGGUAUGAAUCCCUAAAUGGAUUUUUUAAAAGGUUUGUACACGGUACACGAUUUGUUUGCAGCCAGGUUGCAUCGAUUGUUAUGAUCAUUAAGACCAUUUCAGAUGUGCUACCAUCAGCGACUGACCAGCUAUUAGCACCACCUGUAGUUUGUUUGGCUACAAAAUUUGGACUGAUGUGUUAAUAUCAACGGUCUUCAUCUGGACGACAUCAUAUCUAUGUCAUCGAAAUGAAGUAUAUGAAGCUCGAUCUCUGUUGUGUGUGGCUUGACUUCUUUAUGAAUUUUUUUGAAUAGUUUGUUUAUAUACGACCAUCUAUUUGUGGUUUUUGUUAGGUCCCUUUCGAAGUGAAAGAUUCUGUGAAAGUUUUUUGUCUACAGGAUCUGUUUGUUGACCCAAUCAAUGUUGUUUUGAGGAGGCUUGGCAACGAGGAACUUUGUCGUGGUUCGCCUGUCAAAACUGUUGGGAGACUGAAACUAGCUUGUCAUGUGAUACAAUCAAAGAAAAGUCAGGCGACAAAGAAAAAUUCUUAUAAUGUCGAAUUUACCGAAUGUCAUGAAGAACAGCCGUUGUUUGGUUAUGUAUUACUCUUUAUCAUUUUUGGAUGUGAACGGUUUGCUGUUAUUCAACGGCUGAAUUAAAAUGGAGAAGUGGCCAUUAUUGCAUAAUGACGAUGACUGCAUGACUGAUGUUGUUGAUGCUUACAGGAAUCUUCGGGAGCCGAUCGGAAAGCAUUUACUUCCUUCUCGAGAGACUCGGGACCUGGUAGCAAUUCCUGUAGGAGACAUAACAGCUCGAGUAGUCUGUAUGAAAAUGUUAGGUUUAAGCUGUAUUUUUUGGGUCUCGAUUUCUUAACAUUAUCGAGUGUGAUCGAGUUGUGAAAUACUCAAGAAAUGGUCUUGAGCCGAUUGUGUGUGCACAUUAAACACUGUUAUUUUUCUUGCAAGA